AUGUCUGAACUCAGCCAAAACUCCGAAGAAGUGUGUCCCGAGGACAUCGACGAAGAUGAAAUCCUGGCAAACCUGUCCCCCGAGGAGCUGAAGGAGCUGCAGUGUGAGAUGGAAGUCAUGGCCCCGGACCCCGAAGUCCCAACCGGGAUGAUACAGAGGGAUCAGACGGAGAAACCCCCCACGGGGAGCUUCGACCACAGGUCCCUGGUUGACUACCUGUACUGGCAGAAGGCAUCCAGACGCAUGCUCGAGGACGAGAGAGUUCCCGUCACCCUCUUGCCCUCUGAGAGAAGCGCUGCGGAGGAGGCAGAAGGAAAGGCCGGCGGCAGCGGCGAGGCGGUCGGCGGGAGGGUGCCAGGAGCAGAGGGGAAAGAGAGAUGUUAUAAAAACGAGCACUUGUCCAACUCGGGAACGUGGGCUGAGGAGACAAACAAAGAUGGAAGCGAUAAAGAGAGUGAGGAGGAGGAGGAAGAAGCAGAGGAGGAAGAUGAUGAUGACGACGAAGAAGAGGAGGAAGAGGAUGAAGAGGAAGAUGAGACUGAAUUGGAAACACAGGAGACUUACACCAAUGAGAACCAGCACAGCGAUCAGAUGAGUAAGAAACCAGGCACAGAAUCAGGAGAAAUCACAGAAAAGCCAAAUGAAAAUGAAAAGAAAAUAUCAAAAUUAAACAUCCCAAAAAAGUUGGCACUGGAUACCAGCUUCAUGAAGCUGAGCGCCAGGCCUUCAGGAAAUCAAACCAAUUUAGAAGAGAGUUUGGAGAAAGUCCGGAAAAACAACCCGGACGUGAAAGAGCUCAACCUGAACAACAUUGAAAACGUCCCCAAAGAAAUGCUGAUAGACUUUGUCAACGCCAUGAAAAAGAACAAGAACGUCAAAACGUUCAGCUUGGCCAACGUGGGGGCCGACGACAACGUGGCGUUCGCGCUGGCCAACAUGCUGCGGGAGAACAGGAGCAUCACCACCCUGAACAUCGAUUCUAAUUGCAUCUCUGGCAAAGGGAUCGUUGCUAUCAUGAGAUGCCUGCAGUACAACGAGGUGCUGACGGAGCUCCGCUUUCACAACCAGCGGAGCAUGCUGGGCCACCAGGCAGAGAUGGAGAUUGCCCGGCUGCUGAAAGCCAAUGCCACCCUCCUUAAAAUGGGGUACCACUUCGAGCUGCCGGGGCCCAGGAUGGUGGUGACCAACCUCCUCAGCAGAAACCUGGACAAGCAGAGGCAAAAGAGGCAAGAGGGGCAGAGGCAGCAGCAAAUGAAGGAGCAGAGGGAGUUGAUAGCGAUGCUGGAAAACGGACUUGGGUUGCCUCCGGGGAUGUGGGAGAUGCUGGGGGGACCGCUGCCCCAGCCGAGGACGGAGUACGUGGAACCCGCCGAGAAAACCAACCUCAAAGACGUCAUCAAAACGCUUAAACCGGUUCCCAGGAGGAGGCCGCCUCCCCUUGUCGAGAUAACCCCGAGAGAUCAGCUGCUGAACGACAUUCGCCAGAGUAACGUGGCUUAUCUGAAACCGGUGCCAUUGCCAAAGCAGCUGGAGUGA